UGAGCUGUUGUGUUGUCACUUUACAGACAAGGGAAACGAGCAGCAAUAUGUGAAAAACGCACAUCGUCUCUGUGAGUGUUCUUUUCUGCAGGAUGAAGGAUAAUACGCGGUUUAUUGUGAUGCGUUUAAGUGCAAAGCUCACUUAACUCGUCUCUCCGCUCUUUCCCCUCGAAACUUUUGGGCUGUGUAUCACGAAAAAUGAUGCUGAUCAUCACAAAAGAAAACUCUAGUAGUUUAUCCAUCAAGAGGACUGAUCACAUUUUUUGAAUAAUCGCUUUGGAGUAAUUGAAUGUAUUCAGGAGGGAAAGCUGUGCCAAGCAGAGCUACGGGAAGCAGAGAAAAGUUGUGUGUUUUCAUAAGCGCAGUUCGGCUGUGGGAGCAGAGUGGGGGAUGUCGGGCAGGAGUGGAGGAGCGCCCCGGGGGUGCAGCAACCCCAGUCUGCAGCCCCUCAGAGCCACAGUCCCAUACCAGCUUCAGAGAGGCUCAGCUCUCCUCUGCAGGGAGGUCAAGACUGCAGACAAAACCACGGCUCGUCCACCAAAACCCACUAUCCGCCGAACUCUUUCUUUGGACACAAUCGUGGGACCCUAUCUGCAGGGACAGUGGCCCAAAGAGGCAGAAGGCACUGUGGUUACCUGUGCCAAUGACAAAGCCACACAGACUCCAAGUUCCUGGGCGGAGGAGACUCGGGGAAGGAGAAGCGUUGGUGGACACAAACGCUCAGCAUCUUGGGGCAGUGCAGAGCACCUGAGGGAAGUGGCCAAGCUGAGGCACCAGUUGCAAAAGCGCUCCCGGCAUGCACCUCCUUCAGCAGGAGAUGGGCUCUCCCAUCAACCCCUGCCAGCAGGUCAUGCAGCAGGCAUCACUCAGACAAUGCCCCUGAUGCCACUGAACAGACUGGCCCCUCGGCUACGAAGGAGUGUUGAAGGCCUCAGCUUAGAGCUGGAAGAAGUGUUUGUGUCUGAGAAACCAGAUGAUCAGCAUGAGAUUUUGGAUAUCCCAGAUGGCCACAGGGCUCCUGUUCCUGUCCAGAGGUGCAGCAGUGGCUCACAGAGUGAGCCCUCACCAGGACCUCUGGAUCCUUCCCUCCUUUCUCCUUCUCAGUCCCCUUGUACUCUUGACCCAGCACUCCUGUCACCUCCAAGUUCCCCAUGUCCACUGAAUCCAUCACUUUUGUCUCCCUCGCAUUCACCGUGUCCCAUGAUAGAGCCAGAAUCUGUGGACUGCAGAGCCUCCUGUCCUUCCCCAUCAACAUUACUUCCUUCAUUUGCACUGGAUCCACCUCUGCUGCAGCCCUCCUCCUCUUCCCCUCGUCCUAACAAAAGCUACGCCUUUCAGCGGGAGCCACCAGAAGGGUGUGAGCGAGUUCGAGUUUCUGAGGAAGCAAUGUCUUCUUGUCAAGACGAGCAUCUCCUCCAGCCAUCUUGCCCCGACCCCAAUAAAGUCAACUUUACCCCACAUGGAGGCUCUGCUUUCUGCCCUGUCAGUCUUCUGAAACCCUUGCUGCCCUCCAUGGACCUCCUUUUCCGUGGCCUGUCAGUGUCUCCCGUGACGGGCUGCUCAGGUCAGGCCUCUCCUACCAGACACCUGGGCAUGCAGUAGGUGGAUAUCUGAGCAAACUUUCUCAGGACUGAACCACUUUGCACUGCCAGGACCUGGAUAACUUGGAUGUUUUUAUAUGCAGCUUGACAAUGGACACUUUUUCAUCACUGCAUGCCAUGAUCACAGUGAUCAUGGCAGACAAUGCAACCUCAAACAUUUGUUGUUGUUGUUUUACUUUAGAAUAACUGUGGCCUAGAAUGUGGCUGGAUUACUGAUAAUUUCUACCUAUGAUGGGUUGAUUUAGCUGACUUUUGUUUUUUUUUUACCUCAUCAGUACUUAGUCCAGGUGUUCUCCCCGAUGAGACAUAAAUUACAAUGCAGGAUUUAAGUUUUAGAAAUGAUAGGGAAUGGUUGAAGAAAUGGACAUAUAUCAAAGUAAUUUUUGUUCAUUUUUAUGAAACAGAGUAUCAUUUUAGUUUUUGCCAGCUAUUCAGACGACUACAGUCUGGGAAGCGAUAUCAAAGUAAGUGAGUUUACUGUCAGAAAGCCUAGCACUUAGUGUACUCAUUAAAACAAGAUUUACUUUCUGACUGGCCUUGAGUGUUGAUCCAUACCAUCCCAGAGCCUUGUUUUUUUUUUUUUUUUUUUUUUUUUUUAGAUCAAUAUUCAGCUUAAUUUUAGAAGCUUAACAUAUGAAAAUCAAAGUACUGGUUGUGAUUCUUAAAUCUAUAGUUUAAAAUGGAAUAUUUGGCCUAUAGAUUUUAAUGCCAUACUUUUCUACAGAUGUUUCUCAGAAGAUAUAUCUAUUUUUGUAUCUUUGAAAGGAGUUAUUUAGUGUUAAUGUUAAGCAUUCAUCAAAGAAAUUUACUAGUCUUUCUCUUUAUACGGUUGUACUUGGGUUGAAUGCAAGCUGGAAUGGAAAUUUUAUUAGCUUUACUUGUCUACAACAGUUAUUGUAGCAACCAAACUGCUUUGUAAACUUUUUAUUGUUUGUCACUCCAGUUGAGAAUUUGCUCUGAGGCUUUUUAGAGCCAGCGGUUUUCGUCAUAAGGUCUUGAUUGAGAGGUGUUUGAAUUAUUAUUAAAAUGCAUUAAAUACCA